AUGUCAAACUCUCACCAAGACGACAUCUCUCAUCAGGUCUCGAACACCGUGAUCAUCCCUAUGAGGCCCCAACAAAAAGGCACCCUUGCUCUCCUCCCUACCGAGAUCCUUUAUCAAAUCGCAAUUCAAACCAAGCCACUUGAUCAGGGACCGAUCGAGUCUCGCUCCCCACGUAUAUUCACCAAGGAGGAAACCACAGAGAGGCACACUGCAGAGUCCAGCAUUCUCUCAGCCACCGACAUGAAGAACCUCGGCCUAGCUUCUUCCAACCUGUUUUAUCACAUCGCUCCCUUGUACUAUCGCGCAGAUAACUUCCAGGUCUUCCGCUCCGCUCUCAAGCAUGCCGAUAUCGAUGCUAUGAAGAGGUGCGCCGAGUUUGGUUCUGCACCUGAUGUGCAUUGGGAUCUGGAGGUUCCAUGUGGCCAAAGCCAUGUUACUCACAGGCCAAUCGAUGUUCUUUUAGAGUCUGCUCUACGUGACUUGGACGCCAUUGAAAAGUAUGUCCAAGCUUUAGAAUGGUUGGUGGACCAUGGCUACGAUGUUUACGAGCAGAAGCUACAUCAAAAUGACGUGAUAUGGGCACGAGAGUCUGGCAGACAGGACUCGAUUCGAAGGCUGGAUCCUUUGUUGAAGUCAAAACGCAUGCCGGAAAUUCUCGUCCGCUCCCUACAUCGGACUAAUGAUAGGAAUGAAACAGAAGGCAUCUGUCAAAUGAUCCGUAUGCUCCUCGCCCAUGGCUGUCUGUUGCCUUACAACAUGGGUGAACAGAAGCCAUUAGACAUAGCUAUGCGGUCUUACUCUCCUCCCCACUUUCUUGAACUUUUGCUCGAGCAAUACAAACAACAUAACGCUAGUGUCAAAGAUUGGAGAGAAAGCUGCCCCGAGUCGAUGACUACAUGGGUUUCCCAUGAGCGUUAUAUGGACGCCGAUUGGUUUACAGAACGUAGACUCCAACGAUGGGCGCAAAAGUCCUGCUUGGGGGACUUGGCUGGCAAUCUUUUCUACGAUCUCAUGCUCAUGCGUCAGGAUUGUAAGGAACAGUACUACGGGGAUGUAUCCGAUGUAUUUGAGGAAAAGGUCAAGUUGCUGAUCAAGUACGAGUUCGUGGACGAGACUGAGCAGAGGGCUUUGGUUGGUGUCGUUGAAGCUCUACAAGAUAUCACUCUUAUGACAGAUCGAUCGGGAGACCUCGACAUUGAUCUUGACGGAAAGAAAUGCUGGACUCGUCUUUUCGGUGCUCUCCGUCUCUCCGCAGCAGAUGCAAACAUCGCAAGCGGACGAGGAACGCUAGAAGGGUCUCAGCGAAUCCACCGCUUUACCUUCGACGAGACACGAAACCCCUGGUCGUCAUACUACAAGAUGGCCUUGAAAAAUGUGAAUGACUGCAACGAGCUCUCCCACCCAUGGCUGAAGGAACAGGGUUUACGCGAGCAGCUUGGCCGGUUUGAGGAUCCAGCCUGGGGUGGACUAGUUUCUGAAAGCUCAUUUGAAUGGCACGAACUUGACUACGAUGGAUAUGUUAGCAGGAUUGGACAGUCGUGGAUGGAGAAGGAAGAGCAGAAGAAAAAGGAAGCUGCUGCGGAGGGCGAUAGAGAGGAAGAUUUGCUCGAGGAUCAGGAUGACGGAGUUGUUGAGUGA